AUGCUCCUACGAGCCAAAGAGGAACCCGACUAUACCUGCACCGCAACAAAACGCUGUAACCUUGGCUGUUGCGGACCACUUGAUGACACUGGUGUGGGAGCCUGUGGCUUUGGUCCCACUUUCUGUGGUGACAAAUGCACCAGCGACUGCGAUCGCAAGUCCGAGUGUGAUGGUGGAAACUGGGGCCCCAAGUACGCCAACCUAACUACAUGUCCUCUCAACGUGUGCUGCAGCAAACAUGGUUUCUGCGGCACAACAGUGGAUUUUUGCGGGCCAGAUCCUGUGCCGCAUCCUCAGUGUGAUCUCUCCAAGCGGACAGCAGACUCUCGCACCAUUGGCUAUUACGAAGGUUGGAACUACCAGCGCCCCUGCGGGAACAUGGAGCCAGAGGAAAUUCCAUUAGGUCACUGGUCGCACAUCAUGUUUUCUUUUGCACUUAUCAACCCCAAGACGUUCCAUCUUGAAGACAUGGAUGCCGGUACAGGAUCUCGUGUCGGCCGUGUUGCAGCACUCAAAAACAGACAGCCUGACCUCAAGGUCUGGAUUGCUGUGGGCGGGUGGGCCAUGAAUGACCCUGGACCAUAUCGGACGGCAUUCUCUGACAUGGCGGGGAGCGAGGCCAAUCAAGACAAGUUUUUUGACUCGCUCUUGACUUUUAUGAGGAAGUACGAUCUGGAUGGUGUUGAUCUGGACUGGGAGUACCCAGUGGCAGAAGAUAGAGGCGGAAUCCCCGCCGACUUUGACAACUAUGUCAACUUUCUGCGGCGUUUGAGAGAGCGUUUAAAUUCAUCUGGCAGGGAGUAUGGCGUCAGCGUAACUCUACCCGCCUCAUACUGGUACCUCCGUGGCUUCAACCUCCAAGAAAUGGAACCUUACAUUAGCUGGUUUAACGUCAUGACCUACGACAUCCACGGCGUCUGGGACGCCAACAUCGACAGUCUGGGCCCUUACGCACACGCCCACACCAACCUCACAGAAAUUAAGAUGGGCCUCGAGCUCCUCUGGCGCAACAAAAUCAACCCAGAGCGUGUGACGCUCGGUCUAGGUUUCUACGGCCGCAGCUUUACGAUGAAAGAUCCGGGGUGCAUGAAGGCCGGCUGCGAAUUUACUGAGGGUGCUAAUGGCGGCGCUUGCACGGGUACGCCUGGUGUGCUGUCGGCGGCUGAGAUUAACGAGAUUAUACAGAAAGGUGCUACGACUACGUAUGAUGAGGAGGCUGCUGUGAUGAUUGUUACUUGGGACUCGAAUCAGUGGGUCUCGUUUGAUGACACUAAGACGCUUAAGACGAAGAUUGAUUUUGCGCAUCAGCAUUGUCUAGGGGGGACAAUGGUCUGGGCCAUUGAUCUUGACGAUGGUACGCUGACCAAGGCCCUUGGUGCGAACAUCAAGCGGCCCGUACUGCCUACAUACCCUCUGCAGCAAUAUUCUGAGUGUGGUGCGAAACCUGAGUUGUAG